AUGCUACAAGAGUCUUUUACAGCUACUGAAGUUACUAAAUCUACAUCUUCUAUUACUGAGGUUAUAGAUUUUACAUCCACUGCCACUAAAGUUACAGAAUCUACAUCCAAUCUUGUACCAACGAUUAAUCAACCAUUUACUAAUAUUUAUACUCAAGAUGAUUGUUUUUGGCCUUUAGAAAAACGUAGCAAAGCUGAUUUACUUCUGUAA